UGUUUAAGUAGCUGGUGAGCCAAUACCAGACCAGAGUCUGACUAUAAAAUAAGAAACACUUGGCUUGGUGGUGAAUAUCUCCCCUUGUUUAAAAUGCAUACACACACACACAUACACACACACAUAGUAUAUAUUCCCCAAUAAGUGAUUGUUGCAGCGAUUAUUUGUCUUUAAACAACAGUUUUUAUUUCUUUAGUCUUUGUACUGCAGAAUUGGUGACCACGUGGACAGGUGUUUCAGAGUUUCUCACUUGAGCUGCACACUCCCGUUGAGUGUGUUGUGUUCAUGUUUGCAGGUCCUUUACAGUUCAUAUUUUUGGUGUGUGUGCACAUGGGCGUUGGCCAUGGAGCAGGGUGAGUACUCUGUUCACCUAGGUCAGGGCUGGGUAAUCUCUUCCACAAAGGGCCACUUUGGCUGCAGGUUUUGUUCCAGCCUAAACAGAGCACACUGACUGUUGACCAAUCAACUGUCUAAAAAGACUCUAAUCAGUUGAUUAAAAUAAUCCAGGUGUGCUGCGGCUUGCAGCGACCCUUUGUGGAUCAGAUCGUCCACCCCUGACCUACAUAUUCGCCCUCCAUCAAAUGAAUCUGCAACAUUCACCAUUUUGUUACAUAAACAUUGCAUUAUGAAUGAAAACGUAAUACAAUAAAGGAAUACAACGACGCUUCGUCACACAGAACUACGUUUCCCAUGAUCCACUUCAAAGGAGUGACAGUUAUAAACAGGAGGGCGGAACUGUUGGACAAAAACAAACAGUACUUGUCGAGGAGGAACUCUGAUUCCAGUCGUCUUUGUUAGAAACAUUAAAACUCAACGUAAAAAAUAAAAUCAGAGUGUGCAGAGGAAGGAACUGCUCUGAUCAGCAUGGCACAGAAAAGGAUAAACAAGGAGUUGCAAGACCUGCAGAAUGACCCUCUUGUAAACUGCUCUGCUGGACCAGUAGGGGAUGACCUGUUUCAAUGGCAGGCAACUAUAAUGGGCCCGGCAGACAGUCCUUUUCAAGGAGGCGUUUUCUUUCUUACAAUCAACUUUCCCACAGAUUAUCCUUUCAAGCCACCAAAGGUAGCAUUCACAACAAAGAUUUAUCAUCCCAAUAUAAAUAGCAACGGCAGCAUCUGUUUGGACAUUCUGCGGUCUCAGUGGUCUCCGGCAUUAACAGUGUCAAAAGUAUUGUUGUCCAUAUGCUCACUGCUGUGUGAUCCAAACCCAGACGAUCCCUUAGUUCCAGACAUUGCAACCAUAUAUGUAAAUGACAGAGACAGAUACAACAGACUGGCAAGAGAAUGGACCCAAAAGUAUGCUUCUUAACAAAAAAUCACAUGAGAGAAAAUAAAUAAAACAGACGGAACAUUUGUGUUCCAAUUGUUUAAGCUGUUUCAGUCACAACACUGAUAUAAAAUAAGGUUGGCGUAAUCCUUUUUCUUCCAAUAACUCAACUAUUUUCACUGUUACUUUCAAGGCGUAUUGUAAUUAGUUUUAAUAGGAAGCAGAGCCUCUACGUGGAACAAAAAAGUGUGCAAGGUCUUCAUUUGUUUCAUCCAAAUUUUAUUUAUAACACAUCACUACAUUUUCUUUUCAUUUUAAAUGUAUAUGUCAAGAAACAGACAGGAGCCAAGUACCAGAAAGGUAGUUGGUUUGCUUUCAGCUGAUCCAUAACUGGACAUAAUUUUCAAUGUCUUGUUUGAAGUUCCCGUUAAGGAAUAUAAAGUGAUUGUUGAUGUUAAUUUACAUUGGAGCAAUUACAAGUUUUUCUGUUGUUGUUGUUAUUUAUUUAUUUUCUUUAACCCACAAACAUGUAUCUAAAGGUUGAACGUGUUCCUCUAUGUUUUUGAUGUCUGUUUUAUAUUUAUUUAUCUACCCUUUAGAGUAGGUUUAAAAAAAUAAUUUUUAUAUUUCUGUGUAUGCAGUCUCAUGUUUGCCUGACGCCUGUGUGACACUUUUUGUACUGAAAUAAAUGGUGUUUUUUGCAGACA